AUUCCUUUAAAAAUGGCCUCAAUUCGCUCUCAAUCAUAUUCUAUUGAAGAAGAUAAACACUUAUGUCAUGUGUAUCUUGAUGUUUCUCAAAAUCCAAUCAUAGGGAUAAACCAAUCAGGCGAUCAGUUUUGGACAAGAGUUCAAACUGAAUAUGAAAAAUCUGAGAUUUCUCUUACCCAACCAAGACCGAGAAGAUCUUUGCAAACCCGAAUGACGACAAUUCUUUCUGCAGUCUCCAAGCUGAGAGGAUGUUUUAACCAGAUUGAAAAUAAAAAUCCCAGCGGUGCUUCCGAACAAGACAUUUUAAACCAAGCGAAGAUGUUAUUGACACAAGAUGUCAAAUACAAGAAAGGGUUCAAAUUUGAUCACGUCUGGCCAAUCCUUAAAGGUAUUGAAAAUUUUUCAAAUAACCACAGCAACAGAGCCAUUGCAUUCUCAGAAGAAAGUCGUAAUGCCAAAUCGUCUUCAUCAAACCAAGAUGAGUCAUCGCCAUCCCUUGGUAUGAAUUCCUUCGAUCUAAAUUUAAAUAGUGAAGAAUCCGGUGGUAAUUUAUCAAAGAGACCAAUGGGUGUGAAAAAAGCAAAGAAAAAACAACACUCUAAUGAACAAUUUAAACAAAUGAUGGAGCAAAAUGAUAAGCUUCUAAAAGCUAUGGUUAAAGGUACUUCUGAAAGAAACGAAAUUAAAAGACAGAAAGUAGAGUUACAAAGAAAGAAACAUGAGCGAAAAAUGUUACUCGCGGAUUUGAGUUCUAUAACUGAUCCAGCAAGACGUGCGUAUAUUGAAAAUGAAAGAGCGGUGAUUCUAAGUAAAGGAGUACCAACAACCCAAUAUGAAGAACACGGAGAAGGUUCUCAAAGCCAAUAUCAUGGAUCCCAAUAUCGAGCAUAUGAAGCUCAAAGAGACCAAGCUCAAGGGGAUCAAGCUCAAGGAAGUCAAGUUCAAGGACAACAACCUCAAGAUGAAGACCCAAAAUCACCAAGUGAGCAACAAGAUUUUUCUCAGUACUAUAAUUUGCUUAGCGGAGACGGAAAUGGAUUUCCCGGAAUUUAUUAG